AAAAGAUCAUAUGGGCUCAAAAUGACGUAAUUGCAGCUUGUCAUCCGAAAGCACAAUGUAAACAUUAUGUAAACAAGAGAAAACUCAAAAAAAUUUUCUUUUGUAUAAUAAUAAUAAAUAUCUCUCAAGUUAGCUCAAUUUAAAUGAGAAUCAAUCUACGUUACUAAGCUACAAGAUACAAGCUAUGCUUGACUGUUCUGAAUAAUAUUUUAGUUCUUUAAAAAUAUAAUAUUUCAUAAAAUGCAAAUGAUGUGCUCGAGAUAUUUUGCGAUAUUCUUAAUGAUUAUUAGUUUUUGUAAUGUAAUUAGUGCAAUCGAUCAUUCACUAAUCGAUUCACUUAGUUCGAAACCGACUCCUUUGAUUAAAUCACAUGAAAAAGUCUUAAAUAUGUCUCUGAAAAGUUUUUACAAUGAAGAGGAACAUGAGCAUAUUUUUCCUGCUCCCUCACCAAACUGUUCAUGGGCAUUCGGUAAUUUUUCUGAGGCUGUAGUAAAUUUCACCCGUUGUGCUCUGGAACAUGCAAGACCUGUUCGCGUUUGUUAUCAAUGUGGAAAUGCAUACAAUGUUUCAGUUGCCAAAUAUAAUAAUUUAAGAAAGCAAGGGGAAGAAUGUGAGGAAAUUUUCUUCAGUAGUGACCAGAUUGCUAUUGUGGAUGUUUUAUAUAGCAAUGUGAAUCAGUUAUGGUCAAAUAAUUAUUGCCAAAAUUGCUAUCUUGACCCAAACCUUACCAAAGGUUUCUUCAAUAUAUCGAAGGCUUUUAUGGAUUGUGUUCAUAAAAAUAGAACUGGCUUCUUACCUGCUAAUACUACAUGUACUGACUGCCAUAGCCUAUACGCUGACCUUAGCAACAAAUACGGCCUCUUUGUUUUAUCCCCAGGAGACUAUGGCAAAAUCUGCAUGGAUGUGGUUGAUACAAUGAAUCUAACACGAAGAAUAUGGAAACUUUAUAAUUGUCUCCCUCCUUUUGACUACAACUUAGGAUAUCCGAACAUAAUUGUUGCAUUAGCUAUAGGAGUAACUCCUGUACUAUUUUAUCUACUUGCUAAAAAUAUUUCCAUCAUUGAAGAUGUGAAAAUUGUUCGUCCUAAAAGAAAAUUUACUCCAGCUGUUUCCACAAUUCAGCCACUAAAGGAAUAAAUAUGUCGUCAUUUCAUAGACAUUUUCUUUUGAGUUUAUCACUGUGAUAAAUAAAAGCAUCAAAUGCUUAUAGAAGUCUACAUAACGAAGAACUGUUGAUGUAGACUUACCGAUUUAUUUUCAGAAUACUGUCCUUUUAUUUUUCAUGUAUAUUGUGACUACUUAUUUUUAAGUAUUAUUAUCAUACAUGACAAUUAUUUUAAAAAUUCUCAUGUCUUGAAGCAUCUGUGUAUUUUUACUUUCAUUACUAUGUGAUAAUUUUUUUUUCUUUGAGGUAAAAUUUUCUAUUUACCUCUUACUUACAAUCAUUUGCUUAUGUAUUUUCUAAAAUUUAACAACAAGUUAGUAUAUAUGUACUAAUUGCUUGCAUGCAAUAAGGUAAUCAAAAAUAUUUUCAUGUAAAACAUUUUCAUGUGUUUUUUUGAUAUUAUUAUAAUGAAAAACAAUAUCAACAUCAUUUGAAUGUUAUAGCUAUGGGCAAUUGAGUGUGAUUCCACAAAAUAUUUAGCAUGUUGGCACUUGACUAGAUCCUUUAUCCUGAUGAAUAAAGCAUAGUUUGAGAUAUAGGGCAAAAUUAAGGGUCACUGCUGGUCAUGGGGCAACUAAAGGUAACAAAUGGAGAUAAUAAAAUUAAAAUAAAUUUCACCCGAUCCCCACUUUUUCGUCAAGUCCCGUGUUCAUUUUAUUAUUAUUACUAUUUUUUAUAAAUAAGUAAUUAUUAUGUAUAUUUUAUAAUAGUAAUAAUGAUUACUAAUUUAAUAUUAUUUAUGUAUGUCAAC